AUGGGAGAAAAUAAUAAUAACAAUGAAUUAUCCCCAAACCCCCAGAUUGACCAAAACGAAAAUCAAAAUGGCCGGAAUGAGAUUGGUGGCCAACGUGGUACUCGUAAUAAUUACUAUAACCGCGGUCACAAUCGCGAGCGAGCCCGUUACUUCUAUGCAGCACGACAGGAGAAACGUCAGUCCGGUCACUGUCGCUGUCACCAACACAAUCACCGUGGCAAUAAUUCUGGCAAACGUUUUCGUCCUCGCGGCGGUCAUCAUCACUGA